AUGGUUGAAGCACUUGAAUCUCAUCAACAGUACCCGACAAUGCCAGAGGUGAUGGAGGAGCUAAAGAGAAUAAUUAAUAUAGGCUUCCCUAUAGCAGCUAUGAGCUUGGUGGGUUAUCUGAGGAACAUGAUUUUAGUUGUGUGCAUGGGAAGGCUAGGCAGCCUUGAGCUUGCUGGUGGGGCCUUAGCUAUCGGUUUCACAAACAUCAGUGGAUAUUCAGUCAUAUCAGGCCUUGCCAUGGGCAUGGAAUCCCUUUGCAGCCAAGCUUUUGGUUCAAGAAACUUAUCAGUAGCGUCUCUCACUUUGCAAAGAACAAUUAUAAUGUUACUACUUGCUUCAAUACCUAUCGGCUUGAUAUGGUUUAACCUUGAACCUCUCAUGCUUAGCAUCAAUCAAAACCCUGAUAUAACCAAAGUUGCAAGCCUUUACUGCCGGUUUGCCAUCCCGGAUCUUAUUGCAAACAGCCUUCUUCAUCCUCUACGUAUUUACUUGCGCAGUAAAGGAACAACUUGGCCUUUAAUGUGGUCUGCCUUAGUUUCAACCAUUUUUCAUCUCCCUAUCACAAUCCUCUUAUCCUUCACUUUACGUUUAGGUGUCCCUGGAAUAGCAAUUUCCACCUUCAUCACCAAUUUCAACACCCUUUUCUUCCUUCUUUGUUACAUGUUCUACACUCGCACAACUUCAGCCCCAGAGGAGUCAAUAACCACGCCAUUGUCACCAUCAUCGCCGUUGCCACCACCUUCUUCAACAGCUCUAAUAGACCGAGAGGAAUGGGAUGUUUUACUUCGACUAGCAAUACCAAGCUGCAUUGCUGUUUGCUUAGAGUGGUGGUGGUAUGAGUUUAUGACAAUUCUAGCAGGGUAUUUGUCCGAACCUCGAGUUGCUCUGGCAACAUCAGCUAUAGUGAUACAAACAACUUCUCUCAUGUAUACAUUGCCAACAGCACUUAGUGCAUCAGCCUCAACCCGAGUAGGCAAUGAGCUCGGAGCAGGGAGGCCGAGCAGGGCACGGUUGGCCGGGGUAGUAGCCAUUGGACUGGCCCUGGUGACCUCAUUUUUUGGAUUAUUAGGGACCAUAUUGGGUAGAGAAGCAUGGGGAAGAGUUUUCACUGCGGAUAAAGAAGUUCUUGAGUUAACCACGAUUGUACUACCCAUAAUUGGAAUAUGUGAGCUAGCAAAUUGUCCGCAAACCACAAGCUGUGGGAUUCUAAGAGGAAGUGCUAGGCCCGGGAUAGGGGCAACCAUAAACUUUUACUCAUUUUAUAUGGUGGGUGCACCAUUGGCAAUAGUCCUAGGCUUUGUUUGGAGACUAGGGUUCGUGGGGCUUUGUUAUGGCCUGCUAGCUGCUCAGAUUGCAUGUGUAGUCUCGAUCUUAACAGUGGUUUUCAGGACAGAUUGGGAGAGAGAGUCGUUGAAGGCCAAAGACUUGGUGGGCAAAAGUGACCAUUUUGCACAUGCAGACCAAACUGUACUGAUCAAAUGCGAAGAAGGGGUUGGAUUUCUCAAAGAAAUGGGCUUUGAAAAGUGA